AUGCCAUCCACAAACACCCGCCCGCCCAUAUCGGGUUUAAAACGCCCAUCAUUGGCAGCGGGCACAUCCUUUGAAGCUUUGUAUACCGCUUCUUAUGUGGCUCCAGACACAUGUAUCAAGCGGUCUGCAUCCGAUACUUUCAUUGUUCAUCGUGCAAGGGAGCAACAACAGCGUGCUCGUCAAGAAGAAAUGGCUUUGCUCGCUCAAAAUCAACAUGACCAAGUGGAAAUGCUAUCGUUGUGGCAGCUUUUAUGUCUUACAAUUUGCAUGGCCGGUGUUCAAUUCACAUGGACCGUUGAGCUUGCAUAUGGGACACCUUAUUUGCUAUCAUUAAAGUUGUCCAAAGACAUGACGGCUCUGGUUUGGCUUGCAGGUCCACUUUCAGCUUUAAUUGGUGCAUUCAGUGAUCGAUGUACGUCAAGGUUAGGAAGACGAAGACCUUUUAUGAUCGGUGGUGGCAUCUUUGUAUGCUUAUCCAUGUUAUGCGUUGCCUAUGCCAAAGAGAUUGGUGCCUACAUCAUUAGGUUGUCGGAUACCAGAGACAUACCAGAGAACAUAGAGGAACAAGAACGUCGGGCAGCUAUUGUGGUGGCUGUCUUGGCAUUUUAUACCCUUGAUUUUUCUCUCAAUGCGGUACAAGCAUCCUGCAGAGCACUGAUUCUCGAUAUUCCUCCAUUAUGGCAACAUCAGCAAGCCAAUGCAUGGGCUGCACGAUUAUCAAACGCGGCCAUGGUGGUCGGCUAUUUCACAGGAUUUGUGGAUCUCGUCAAGGUGUUGUCAUUUUUGGGUGAUACGCAGAUCAAGGUUUUUUGUAUUGUGGCCAUUGCAGUGUUCAUCGUGACCAUUUCGAUCACUUGUAUCAAUACGCAUGAAAAGAACAUCAGCUCAGAAGAUGGGAAUGAUGAAGACGAGAGCAACCACUGGUACGACACAUUUAUCUAUGUUUGGAAAGCACUACGAUCAUUACCCACGCCUAUUCAACGGCUUUGCAAUGUCCAAUUCUUUGCUUGGCUUGGGUGGUUUCCAUUUCUUUUCUAUAGUACAACGUGGGUUUCUGAUAUCUAUUUUCGCACGCAUCCAAAGCAAGAUCCAGGAUCAUGGGCGAAAGGAACACGUGCUGGAUCAUUUGCAUUGCUGCUCCAUGCCAUUGUGUCAGUGUUAUCCGGGAUGCUAUUUCCAUGGCUGAUGUCGAUCAAGUCAUGCGGGAAUCUCUUUAGUACCAAAAACAUUUACACAGCUGGUAAUUUGAUCUUUGCAGUGUCAAUGCUAUCCACUAUCUUCAUCACCAAUGUUUGGGCUGCUACGGCCAUUGUUACCAUUGUUGGUAUUUCGUGGAGCAUCGUGUUGUGGAUUCCUUUUGCUUUGGUGGGCGAGUACAUUAGCACGAUUGGUGCAACUUCGGAUCAUUCGUCUCCUGUUAUCCGGUCACCUGCAUUUUCUCAAAACCGUGAAAUUGGGAGCAACGCAACGCUUGCUUCAUUAUUGAUUGAAGAGUCAUCCAACGACGAAGCUACCAGUUCCAGGGCAUCACAUACCAAUUAUGGAGCCAUUCAUAACAACGAGAACAAUGACCCUGUAUCCAGCACCCAUGACACUCACGAUGAAGCGGAUGCUUUGGUGGAGGAAGAAGGAUUGGAUGCAGGAAUGGUAUUGGGCGUACAUAACAUGUACAUAGUCUUUCCACAAUUUGCUGUUGCCAUCAUUGCAUCUCUCAUUUUUCGAGUGGUGAGCUGGGUACAACAUGGAAGAGCCGACAAACCUAUCGAUAACGACAAUGAAGGUGGUGUCAAUGUUGCGUGGGUACUCGCCUUUGGUGGUGUCAUGAGCUUUGUGGCCACCAUCCUAAGUCGUCGCAUUAUCCAAGUGCCUAAUGAUGCUCCUCGUUCCCCAUUGCGAUUAUUCAUGGACGAUAGAGUCUCCAUUUGA